AUGGACACCACGCACCAGGAUAUGCAGCCGUUCUCGGCACGACUGAGAACCUUUGAGACUGCACAACCAAUUCGAAAGCGACAGGCCAGUGGCCAGGCGAAGAAGAAGGCCGGCAACACCGGCAAAUGGCCGCACGAGAAACCCGAGCCUGUGUUGGUAGGCCACGACGGACUCGCUCGCGCGGGCUUCUUCUACCGACCCGACCAGGAAUCGACCGACAAUGUUACGUGCUUUAUGUGCAACGUCCGACUGGACGGAUGGGAGGAGACAGAUGUGCCGAUUCAAGAGCAUCUCGCCCACACGCACGGCUGUCCCUGGGCAACGGCUGUCAGUGUCUUCAGAGGCGAGGACGAACCAGAGCCGGAAAUGCGAGAUCCGCUGGCUGAAGAGAUGAUCAUCGCGCGAAAGACUACAUUCGCGACCGGAGAAGGAUGGCCACACGAAAGCAAGAAGGGAUGGAAAUGCAAGAUCACGAAGAUGGUAGAGGCUGGUUGGUGUUGGGAUCCGUCCACUGAGGAGGGAGACGGUGUCGAUGGAGUUACCUGUUUCUACUGUGGCCUCAGUCUGGAUGGUUGGGAGCCAAAGGACGACCCUUUCACCGAACACAAGCGACGAGAGCCUGCGUGCAGAUACUUUGAGCUGCUGGGCCAAUUCCAUGGUGUUGACGCUGCCAAUGGCAAGAUCAAGAAGAGCAAAAGCACAAGCAAGGGCGCAAGAGCCAGCACUGCUAGUAAGGCUAGCAGGAUAAGCAGGACGAGCGCAAUGAGUGCGAUGAGCGAGGUGCCGAGCAUGCCAGAAAGCUAUGUUGAUCCACUUGAAGACGUCGACGAUAGCAACGUUACGACUGCAACCAACGCAUCACAUGCAACAGCAACUGGCGCCACGAAAGGCAAGAAGAAGAGCGCCAAGGCCAAAGCCCCAGCAAAGGGUACGAAGGGCAGGAAGAAGGCCACUGAAGAAUCAAUGGAAGACGUUCAGUACCCGGACCUGGACCAAGCGCAUGUUCAUCAAGAUGUUGAGGAAGAAGAGCCUGUUGCAGCGAGCAAGAAGCCUAAGCGCGGCACUCGCGCAUCGAAGCAAAUCGACUCUUCGGUCAUUGAGAUUAGCCAAACCGAGAUGGUCGCACCUAAGAAGCCGACAAGAACUAGAAAAGCCCAAAAAGAACCGGAACCUGAGUUCGAAGCUGAAGAGAUCCAACAGACCGCAAAUGCAUCGGCAGCUGCUUGGGUUGAGAUGCAACACGACUUCGAGGCAGACGACUUCGAACCAGGUGACCAGUCUACGCCCGAUGCGGAGCCAACGAAGUCGAAACGUGGAGUCAAGAGAUCGUCGGACGGAUCGCAGAAGUAUCCAGUCCUUGACUCGAGCGUGCUUCACGUUGAUGUUGACCCAGAGCCCGCUCCAGAGCCAGCAGCCAAGCGCAAGAGAGGGCGACCAAAGAAAGAAUCUACGUCGUCCGUAGACUCCAGGGCUGCUCCUGAAGUGGAUCCAAUAGAGCUGGACACGACCGAAGCCCAACAGAGCCAGAUUCAAGAGGUAGAAGCACCAGCGAAGAAGGCCAAAUCAAAGGCGAAGGGCAAGAAGGCCUCCACGACACGCUCGUCACGCUCAUCCAAGGCCAAAGCAGAUCGCGUCGACGCAGUAGAGGAGCCCGAGGAUCUUGCUAAAGAUGAGAUGGAGAUUGAGCAGGAGCUUGCUCGCAUUGCCGCUGAGCAGGCCUCUCAACAAGCUGUUCAAGAAGAGCAACAGCAAGUGAACGAGUUCGAGCCUUCUCCCUUGUCCGGUCGAAUCAGCAAAGACAGUGCAGAGCUUCAGAAGCUGCAGGACGAGGUGGAGGCAGACGAUGACAAGGCGACUCAGGGACACAUCUCUCCACCACGGCAGUCAUGCCCCCAAGCUGAGAUGACACCAAGUCCAAACGGCAGCGACAAAGAGAACCGAGAUUCAUCGCUUAUCGAGCCGUCCGCUAAGCAAGCACAACCAGCUAUCGUCCUAAGCCCGACCAGGACCAUAAAGAUACCCUUGGCAGCAAGCACUCCAAAUCGCUCUUCAGGAAAGACGAUGCUCAGCCCAAGCAAGCAAAUAUCUCACCUAACCUCAUCGAAACCUUGGACUGCGAUCGAUCCGGACAUCGCUCUUGUGCCAGCUCAUGUGUCCGAAAACGGGGAGAAUUUCGAGCCAGGUCAGCUCUCGGAGCUGCUUUUGGAUGCUGCUGGAGACCUGAAGAGCCCGGAGAAGAAGAUGACGGUGGAGGAGUGGAUCCGAUCUCGCGCUGAGAAGAGCGAGGAGGAUCUGAGGAGACGAUGUGAGCUGAUGGUCAGCACUUUUGAAAAGGAGGGGAUGAGAGCUUUGGAGAGUGUGCAAGGGAUUCAGAUUGUUGGGUAA